GCUUGUGAAGAGAGAGAGAGAUAGGCAUAUCGACGUUAGAUUUGUGAUUUGUGGACGAUGAGUUGUUCAGUAGCAGCAGCAUACUCAUCAGUUGGAACAUGUACAUGGAUGCGGCUUUACCCCCAAAAGAGAACCCCAACCACUCUUGCACUCUCCUCCACUCAUCACAAAUGUUCACACAAGCAACAACAACUAGAACUAGUACUCACUCCUCCCCCCUUGAAGAGAAGAGAUGCAAUAGGCCUUGGGCUUGGGCUUCUCCAUUCCUUCUUGCAGCCACAGUCCUCAUCAGCAGCUGAAUCAGCACCAUGUGAAUUAACAGUAGCUCCUUCUGGCCUUGCCUUCUGUGACAAACUUGUUGGAACUGGCCCUCAGGCCGUUAAAGGCCAGCUUAUUAAGGCACACUAUGUUGGGAGAUUGGAGAAUGGCAAAGUUUUCGACAGCAGCUAUAAUCGCGGCAAGCCACUUACAUUCCGCGUCGGCGUUGGAGAGGUCAUCAAAGGAUGGGAUGAAGGCAUUUUAGGAGGUGAUGGAAUUCCUCCAAUGCUUCAAGGAGGGAAACGUACGUUGAAGCUUCCACCAGAACUCGGAUAUGGUUCAAGAGGAGCGGGUUGUAGAGGAGGCAAGUGCUCCUUCUUUCUCUUUCAACAUUUGCUCCUCCCACCUCUCAUAUUAAAACACUCCAUUUUCGUUGAUACACUCCCCACAUGGCUGCUAGCUAGUUCUUAAUUUUAUACAGAGAAUGGUGAAGGGACAUUUGUACAAGAAUCAUGCCAAGGCAUACUCAUCUUUUGACACUAAAUAACGUUGACCCAUGAACACUAUAGAAAGAUGAACAUACAGCGAAUACUGUGGAGAAGCUUGGACUAAGGACAUUAUAUUAAGCUGUCUUAGAUUCUGUUUUAUUAAUGAAUACAAAUUAGUACGAUAGUCAGCACAUGGUUAUCUGUUAUCACAUAAUAUUAGUAGUGUAAAUAAUUAUGUAUCUGCUAAUUUCCUUACAUCAUUGCGGUACCUUUUUUUUACUUGGGAUGACUUUUUCUGUUACCAUUUUG